AUUCAAUUCUUGUCUCAUUGUCUGAAAACACCCCUCAACCCUAGUGUCCCUCUCUCUUUACAACUCAGUCACUCACUCUCAACGCCACAGCCACCACACGCCGCCGUAUAGCUCCGCCUCCUCUUCGGCAUCCCCAAAAAAUCACAUCUUUUUUUUCGCAUUCUAUCAAUUUAUUAUCCGUUUUAAGCUUCUAAUUUUUCUGCGAUACAGGGUAACUGUAGUUUUUGAGCAUGGCGGAGAAUGAGACUAGUGUAGAUGAUCAGAAGGAGGUGAGCGAGCCUCCCAAGUCGCCGUGGAAGACUCCGGCGGCGAACGAUACUCCUUCGUCGCCGGCGGCGGAUACCGAUUCUGCUUCAUGGCCGGCCCUAUCUGAUGCUCAGCAGAUGCUUAAGACUAGUGAUUCUAACUCCAACGCCAAGUCUCCGUUACUUCCUCCGCUGGCGGAGACUGAUAGCCGCAAUGCUGCUUCUGAGAAGCUCCGAGGUGAGCAGCCAAAGUUCCAUGGAUAUUCUAGUGCCAAAUCGUCAAAUAAGUCAUCAUCCGCACCUCAACAUAAAGCAGGCCCCAGGCACAACCAAAAUGGUGGGCAAUCAUUUCCUGUACCCUUGGCUUACCACCAGCCAGGAUUUCCUCCUUUUUAUCAAAAUAUGGUACCUAUGCCACAUAUUCCUCUUCCGGGGUAUGCUUAUCAGCACCCUCGAGGGCCUUUCCCUGGAGCUGAAGGUCACGUGGCCAGGUCUGAUGGUGACGCUGCAGCCCAAGCUUUUGUACCCCCUAUAAAUGGUGGGUUUCGUCCCCCAUCACGAGGGGAUCCAAAUGACUUCGAUGCCAAAUUCUACAGAGGAAGACCUAAUACACAAGAACGUGGUGGGCAGUUUAGUCCAGCCUUGUCUAGUCAGCGUCCUGUAGGUUCUAAAGAUGACAUUCAGUUACAACAGAGUAUGGGACUUAGGCCUUUCCUAAGGCCUCAAUUUUUUGCUCCAGCUCCGGGUUACAUAGAUGGUGCAAAUUUUUCAGGUCCUCCAGGAGCUAUAUACUUUCUUCCUCCAUCUCCAGGUUCUGUAAGAGUGCCUUACCCACCUUUCUUUGUCCCACAUCCUGUCAGCUCCGGAGCCUCUACUCCACCAUCACCUACAUUAGCUUUGAGAGAGAGCAUAAUUAAGCAAAUUGAGUACUAUUUCAGUGAUCAGAAUUUGCAGAGUGAUCACUACUUGCUUUCCUUGAUGGAUGAUCAAGGAUGGGUUCCAAUCUCUAUUAUUGCCGAUUUCAAAAGGGUUAAAAAAAUGAGUACAGAUAUAGCAUUUAUCAUUGAUGCAUUGCAGGCUUCAAGCACUGUUGAAGUUAAGGGUGACAAGUUGAGAAGACGUGAUGAAUGGUCAAAGUGGGUUUCAGCUAGUGCUGAUCAGAAAUCAUCCCCUUUGUCUCCGGUGGAACACCUAGUGGGGAAGGUUGUUCUCGAUAUAAAAAAUGAGGAGGUCAAUGAAAAUAAAGAGGAUGGAACUCAAGUGACAUCUUCCCAAGAAAAUCUUUCUGUAGGUGAGCUUCCAUUAUUAGAGAUACAGGCUAAAAAAGUAUCAGUUUUUGGUAAAGCAGAAAACAGUAGGAAGAAAUCUGGGUUCCAUGGCUCAACUCUCAGAGUUGACAAAGGAAGUGGUGAUUCAAGAAUGGUGAUGGCACCAGAUGCUGUAGAUGACUUAUCUAAUGAUUUCUCAAGCACUUUUAUGCUUGAUGAAGAGAUGGAGCUUGAGCAUAAAAAGGACCAGCUCUCUUUGAGUGGAAGAGUUGACGAGGAAGAUGAUGAGAUGGAUGUUAAUGAUGAGGCUAUUGAGAAACUUGUCAUUGUAACGCGGAACACUCGGACAUCUCAGGUAUCCGGAACUGUUGGAAAAGAAUCAAAACCAAUAUCUACUGAGCUUGCUUCUGCAAUAAAUGAUGGCCUCUACUUCUAUGAGCAGGAGCUUAAAGCUACACGAUCCAGUCGUAGAUCUAACAACUCCAGUUAUGGCUCUAGAGAUGAGAUUACGAGGUCUUCUGGUACAGCUGCUGCUUUAUCAAAAUCAAAGAAUGCUGAUCAUUCUUCUGGAGGAAAAAACAGCGAAGGCACUGGAAAUUCUAAUUCUCGAAGGAAGCAAAACAAAGGAUUUACUAAACCGCAUUCAAUACAUAAGCAGCGGCUGUUUUCAGGAAAUUACCGAAAUCAUGGGAUUUCUCGGAACAGUGUAGGAACAAUAUCUGAAAGCCCACCUAGCGAUUCAGUUGGGUUUUUCUUUGGUUCUACACCUCCUGACAGUCAUGUGUCAAGGCCUUCAAAGUUGAGUGCCUCCCCGCAUAGCAAUCUUGCUAGUAGUAGUCCGCCUGUGGGUUCCAUGCCGAAACCAUUUCCACCUUUCCAGCAUCCUAGUCAUAAGCUUCUACAAGAAAAUGGUUUUACACAACAGCUGUACAAGAAGUAUCAUAAGCGCUGUCUGAGUGAUCGCAAGAAGCUUGGAAUUGGUUGCAGUGAGGAAAUGAAUACACUGUACAGGUUUUGGUCGUAUUUUCUGCGAAACAUGUUUAUACAUUCUAUGUACAAUGAGUUCCAAAAGUUGGCUCAAGAAGAUGCUGCUGCUAAUUACAACUAUGGGAUGGAGUGUCUGUUUAGAUUUUAUAGUUAUGGUUUGGAAAAGGAAUUUAGGGAGGAUCUUUAUGAGGACUUCGAGCGAUUGACGCUUGACUUUUACAAUAAAGGAAAUCUUUAUGGCCUUGAAAAGUACUGGGCUUUUCACCAUUUUCGUCAGCAGCGAGGUCAGAAAGCACCUUUGAAGAAGCAUCAGGAACUAGAUAGGCUACUCAGAGACGAGUUUCGUAGUUUGGAUGACUUCAAACAUGCCAGAGGGGCAACUGCAAACGUGAAGGAGGACGGUCAUUAGCCAACGCGUGACUCUCAGCUUCAUUGAACUGUCUGUCGCAAAUUUUGAAGCCUUCCCAUACAAUGAGCUCAAGUUGGCGAAUUACCUUUCAGAGAUGAUCAAGAUUCAAGGCAAAUUUUUGUAUAUAGUGCCUCUGUGAAGUUAUUCUUACCUCCGAGGCCGACCAAAAUUUUCCCA